AUGCCUGGCUACGUGACGUUCUCCUGCAGGAGCAACACUGAGCUGUGCUCUGGCGAAAAGGAGAUUCAUGCACUGCACCUGGUCACCACCCCGCACAGCGGCGGUGGGGUCUCGGCGGGCUGCACAGCUCCGCAGCACGUCGAGAGCCUGAUCGGAGAGGCGAAGGCCGGCAUCGACGAUGCGAGGCAGGCGCGCAGUGACAGCGCGGAGUCGGACGCCGCGUUCGAGGUCAACAUCGUCGUCUAUCCCAACCUGGGUGAAAUCUAUGACGGAGAGACGAAGACUUGGAAGAAGGACCCUGCUCUAGGCCCGACGUCCUUCACGGACCUGGCGCAGAAGUGGCGGGAGGCGGGGGCGACCUGGAUCGGAGGCCUCGACGGGUCGAGGCACUGGGAGCGGGACAGCAUCCCUCUCCGGCUCGUCCAGCCCAACAUCGAGCAGUGUUGGUUGCUGCCGAACGGUGCCCCAAGAUAUGAAGGGCCUGCGUGA